AGCCUUCAAUUAUGUCGCCCGGAGGCCGGAGCUCUGCCUCGCGUCCAUGGCGUCGUCCCUACCUACGUACUGUAGCGCAGUUGUAACUGCGUAUGCGAGUCGUGAUAUUUUACCGGAGUCGGGACGAACGCUCGUCGCGCGCUGCGCGCACGCACCUACCCCAGAUUUGCCCUCGGCAUUUACGCCCUCACCUACAAUCUCAAGCGAGCCCGAUUAAUGCCCUCUUUAUAGUCCCACCAUUGCCGAGCUCAUCCCAAUGCAGAAACCAUCCAGCGUGUAGUGUGUAGCGUGUAGUGUGUCGUCACGAUGUCGCGCGCCAUGGCGGCCUCCAGGCGGGUCUCGGUGUUCGUCGCCGCGUUGGUCUGCUGCUCACUCGUGCGGCUCUCCCGGUGCGGCGGCGGCGGCGGCGGGCAGAGGGCGCAGAACUACACCUCGAUGUUCAGCUUCGGCGACUCGCUGACGGACACCGGCAACCUCGUCGUGUCCAGCCCGCUCUCCUUCAGCAUCGUCGGCAAGUACCCCUACGGCAUGACAUACUUCCACCGCCCCACCGGCCGCUGCUCCGACGGCCGCCUCGUCGUCGACUUCCUCGCGCAAGCGUUCGGGCUGCCGCUGCUGCAGCCGUACCUGUCGCGCGGCGAGGACGUCACGCGGGGCGUCAACUUCGCCGUCGGCGGCGCGACGGCCAUGGAUCCGCCGUUCUUCGAGGAGAUCGGCGCGUCCGACAAGCUCUGGACCAACCUGUCGCUCAGCGUCCAGCUCGGCUGGUUCGAGCAGCUCAAGCCCUCACUCUGCAGCUCACCCAAAGAUUGCAAGGAGUUCUUCAGCAAGUCACUCUUCCUCGUCGGGGAGAUUGGGGGAAACGACUACAACUACGCCUUCUUCAAGGGCAAGAGCUUGGACGACGCCAAAUCCUACGUCCCCACCGUCGCCGGCGCCGUCGCCGACGCCACCGAAAGGCUGAUCAAGGCAGGGGCGGUGCACCUGGUGGUGCCCGGGAACCUGCCGAUCGGCUGCUCGUCAGCGUACCUGACGCUGCACCCGAGCAGCAACAGGAGCGACUACGACUCCACCGGCUGCCUCAAGACGUACAACGACUUCGCCCAGCACCACAACGCCGUGCUCCAGGACAAGCUCCGGCUGCUUCGCCGGAGCUACCCGGAGGCCAGGAUCAUGUACGCCGACUACUACGGCGCCGCCAUGUCCUUCGCCCAGAACCCCAAGCAGUUCGGGUUCAGGCACGGGGCGCUGAGGACGUGCUGCGGCGGCGGAGGGCCGUACAACUUCAACCCGAAGGCGAGCUGCGGCGUGCGGGGCUCCAGCGUGUGCACGGACCCGUCGGCGUACGCCAACUGGGACGGCGUCCACCUGACGGAGGCCGGCUACCACGCCAUCGCCAACAGCAUCCUCAAUGGCCCUUACACCAGCCCAAGGCUGCUCUGACCAUCCCCCGUUCUCUCGACCUGGUGUUAGCUGCUGCUGCUGCUGCUGCACUCUGCAAUGUAAACUGAUCUGUAAUGUAGUGAUAUGAGCUAGUGGUGGUUUUGAGUUUUGACAGUGUGUGGGCUUUGGCUACUUGAGUCUCCAGGCACAGUACAGUAUGUCUGUCGAGUGUCAUCAGCUUUGGGCGUGACUGUGUCCGUGCUACUUUUGACUUUGCAAGUACUGAAUUAUAGUACUCAGCACAACUGCACAAACCUUUCUUUCA